CUGUCGUUUGCGACCCGCCAGAAGGAGGUAACCACGCCGUUGAUCGCUAAGUUCAAGCUUGAUCUCUCUGCGGAGCAGAUGGAGGAGUUGAAGUCGACCAAGUUCACUAUUGUGCCAAAUGAGCAGGACUUGACCCAGUUGGAGAAGCAAGACGCAUUGAUCCAGAGACAGCGCCGUUUGAUGAAGCAGGGAGUCCAGCUCAAGCUGUACAAGCCCCACUCGCCGGGCAGAAGAUGGUACCGUGCGCCGAUCAAUGACCAUUUGCAUAAGGGGAAGCCGUACAAGAAGUUGACUGUGGCACUCCGUUCUUCUGGGGGUAGAAACAACCAGGGGAGAAUCACAAUCAGAGGUAGAGGUGGUGGGCACAAGAGACGAUACCGUCUUGUCGAUUUCAAGAGAUUCACCAGGGGCAUCCACAACGUGCUCCGCAUCGAGUACGAUCCGAGCAGAACCUGUCAUAUUGCGCUCAUUGAGAACAAGGAGACUGGUGCCAAGUCUUACGUUUUGGCUGCCGAUGGCUUGCGCGCGGGUGACGAGAUCGAGUCCUUCCGUUUGGGAAUUCCAGAGCACUACAUCGCCGAAAUGGGUGGUAAGAUCGACCCAGCGUUGUUAGCCGCUAAGACCAACAAGCGUGGUAACUGUUUGCCGCUCCAUAUGGUCCCGUUGGGUGCUGUAAUCCACAGCAUCGGGUUGAAGGCCAAGGGCGGUCCGGGCCAGUUGUGCCGUGCUGCCGGUACCUACGGCCGUUUGUUGGCCAAGGUGCCUAACAAGAAGAGAGCCAUUGUCAGGUUAUCCUCCGGUGAACACCGUUACGUGCCAUUGAAUGCAUGCGCCACCUUGGGUGUGGUGUCUAACCCUGGCCACCAGAUGGGGAUGAGAGGUAAGGCCGGUAGAUCCAGAUGGAGAGGUUUCAGACCAAAGGUCAGAGGUGUGGCCCAGAACAGAUGCGACCAUCCCCACGGUGGUGGUAGAGGUAAGUCGAAGUCCAAGGUCACCUCCAGGUCGCCGUGGGGUGUUUUGGCCAAGAAUCACAAAACCAGAACUGGCAAGCACGCCAAUAAGGAGAAGAUCAAGGACAGACCAAGAAAGUACGUCGACAACAACAGAAACUAG